AUGCCGCUCAAUUUGAGCUCACUGAGUCUGGAGGCACAUGCCCGGCUUGAAAACCUGCCACUGGAUAUCUUAUUGAUUAUAUUCUCCUACCUUGACACGGCCAAGAGCGUGGCAAGUCUCGGAGUGACAUGCAAGAAGCUGCACAAUGUGGUCAGAGCCGACGGCUGGCGCACCUUUGUGCGGAGCCACUUCAAAACCCUCUCGCUGCCCCAGGAAAUUGUCGCGGAUGAUGACGCUUGGAUGCACUGUGCAAGAGACUUGACGUGCCACUCGCGCAGCUGGGACCGCCGCGCCUUUUCCGUGGCAUCCUUUGUGGCGCCGACCAAGAGGCAGCAGCCUCAUCGCCAUGCUGCUGGACGCGGCGGGCAUGGGCAUGGGCAUGGAUCGCAUGCCCACCCCGGGGCGAGGACACAGACGAUUCCUCCGCAUAUCGUCGUGGCGGCACAUUCUACAUUUCAAGGGCAACGCGAGCUGGAGACGGUGGCCUGGGGAGCGGGUGAAGAUGUUGUGCUGCGCUCGCGGGUGCUGGGACGCGCCUCGCCCAUCUCGGAAUCCUGGCUGACAAUGGAAGGGGCGCGUACGGGCUUCAGCAGUGGCAAAGACGAUGUGACGGCCAUUUCCAUUCUAGGCGAUGCAGGUGCUGAUCAGAGCCUCCUCGUCGGAAGAGCGAGUGGUCAUCUGCAUUUGAUUUCGGCUCGUGAGGCUGAUUUUGGCCGCUCCAUUGCUUCCUUUUGUCCUCAGGCCACGGAGGACGAGGCUGCCAGUAUACAACAACGGGACUUGCAAGAUUUUGCAAUCAACGAGAAAAAGGAUAGCGUUGCGGUUGUUACAAAAGACAACGCCCUACUCUAUUCGCUGAACGAUUUUCCUAUAGCCUCAACCAAUGGCGAUGACACCUCGAAUGUCGUGGUCGCGCCAAGGGAAGCCCUAGACAUGAGGAACAUGGAGGGAUCUCGCCAAUUCAGGCUUCUCCGUACGGUCAAAUUCAUGGGUAACGGAGACCUGGUCGUGGGCAUGACGGGCAGUCCAGAGCCGUUGCGAUACAUUACGAGGACGCCAACAGGACUGGAUAUGCUCAACGCACCAAAACUGCGUCCAUCUCCUCGCUGUUCCGAGUCCUACAUCUACAAUGACCGCGACUUGCAAAACGUGCGAGGUCUUCUGCCCAUCAGCCCAUCAGCGAUUGCCGGUGGAUUCGGCAACGUUAUACUGAGUUCCUACGAUGAUGGCACGAUUCGGCUGCAAGAUUUGCGCAGCUCAUCCGCGAUCGAUACCAUUUAUCAAGACCACUUUGAGGUCAUGACACCCGUAGGACCUCUUCUGUCCCAUGGUCUGGAGAGGUUCAUUGCCGGAAGUGCCCGAACUUCGAGCUUGAAGAUCUUUGACUUUCGGUGGACCAAGGGAUACAAUUACACAGAGGCACUUCCUUGCAGCGAGCGCCCGCUAGAACCGUUGCCGAAGCCGCCAACCAUGAUCGAUUGCCCCAGUCACAUGGCCACCCGAAGAUGUAAUCAUCGUCUUGGUCUAUCGUGCAACCGCCAUGCUCUUGCCAGGACAGACUUUUACCGACCAAAUUGCAAUCUAUAUCUGCCCGUCAUCAAUCAGUAUGCGUCUCCGAUAUACUCCCUGGCGAAGCCGUCCGACUUGUCGUCAAACAUAUACGCCGGACUGGCCGGACAACUCGUCAGAGUUGGUCUGAGAGGCAACAUAGAUUUCAUGAUCAGUGAGAAUACCCUAGAGCGGGUGAAUUUCAAGAGGGACCAUGCCGGGUACAGCUAUCACGAGAGUUCCAUCAGUAUCAUAGAGACGGGAGAUGGUCUGGCUCUGAAUGAUAUCAGUAAGAGCCAGAGGGUCCCAGAGAUUCGCAAGCAAAGCCGUGCACCGACUAGGCCUAUCUCCAAGGCGGGAAAGUAUCGGCUCGAUCUUCUGCUGGUGUAG